AUGUCCAUCAAACUAGGUUUAUCCAGAAUAUCUCAACUACUUAAAAUUUCCAAUGUAAACACUAACAAGUUAAAAGUUAUUCAUGUGGGGGGAACCAAUGGCAAAGGAUCAACCUGUUCGUAUUUAACUACAAUGCUAAUUCAAGCUAUAAAAAAUUACAACAGUAAAAACAACAUGAGAGACAAUAAUAAUGGAAAAAUUGGUAAAUUUACAUCUCCUCAUCUAAUCCACCCCUCAGAUUGCAUUUCAAUUAAUAAUAAAACAAUACCAAUGUCACAUUAUCAAACUUAUUACAAGGAAUGUGCGACACUAAACACAAACUAUGGAAUUAAAGCUUCAAAUUUUGAAAUCCUAACUUGUAUUGCUUUGAAAUACUUUCAAGAUAAUAAAGUAGAUUAUUGCGUGAUAGAAGUUGGUGUUGGUGGUGCCACCGAUGCCACAAAUGUCAUUGAAUCUAAAUUAUGUUGUAUCAUCACUAAACUAAGUUUGGAUCAUCAAAAGUUAUUGGGUAAUACCUUGGUUGAUAUCGCAAAGGAGAAAUCUGGAAUUAUCAAAAAAGGUGUUAAACAUGUAAUCAUUGACGGUACAAAUGACAAAGAAAUAUUACAAGUCUUUAUAGACAAAUGUGGAAAGGUUGGAAGUUCUUGGGAACUAACAGAUAUUUCUAAAACAAUACAGUUUCAAGAAUUCACCAAUCGUGUUUUGGGUUACCAGAGGUAUAACUUAUUAAAUGCAUUAUACGCAAUGAGGUAUCUAAGUUCCAUAGAUCAUGCAAAUUUAUUGAUUUCCGAUGAUGAUAUUUUUAAGUGUAUUAAUGAGACAAAGUGGUAUGGCAGACUACAGAAACUGUCUUUAAAAUACGAUCACAAAUCAAACCCAAUAGAUGUUUUGAUAGAUGGUGCACAUAAUAAGGAUGGGGCAAAGCAGUUAGGUGAAUAUUUAACACAACACGUUAGACCAACAUUGGAUAGUAAUAAAAAUGGGUUGAUUUUUGUGAUUGCUAUGACAGUAGGUAAAGAUGUAGAUGGAUUAUUACGUGGACUUUCAAUAUCUUGUAAUGAUAAAGUUAUUGUAACUCAAUUUAAUGCUGUUCAAGACAUGCCAUGGAUAGCCAGUAUGGACCCUGAUACUUUGGCUCAGCAUAUUCUCAAAAAAGGGUUUACGAACCAAGUAAUCGUAGAACCUGAUUUAAGUCAAAUAUUUAAAAAUAGUGUAUUUUCUGAUGGACAAAUUUCAAUAAAAAAUAAUUACGACACACAUACAAAUAUUGUAAUUUGUGGGAGUUUAUAUUUGGCCGGACAAAUCUUGGAACAACAUUUAAAGAAUACCAGGUAG